AUGGAGGAAUCACUUAUCGUAGUCAACCCAACCAAUGAUCUCCCUGAACUACCAUGUGCUCAACAAGAAGCAGAAAUGAUGGCUCGACUGCUUGGUGUCACCCCACUGGUUGGGCGUUUAGUAACACGUAGCGAGGUGGUAAGUCGCCUUCCGUCAGCACCAAUGGACGACGCUUGUUUUUGGCGCCGGAAAAAGAAUGGGUAAGCAGUUUAAAUAUUACUUUAAUUUAAGUCGUAUAGGAAUUAUUUAACCAAAAUUUGGGAGACCAUAACGGUGGUAUAAGCUCAAGAGCUUGAACUUGUGAAAACAAACGAUUUGCAACUUUUCCAUAUGUUAGUCCGUUCUUGAGAUAUUAUAUUUUUAUACAAUAUGAUCUAUUGAAAUAUUCUGCGAGUGUUUGCUUAUAUGGAACCUCAAUGGUGACAGAUCAAUUGCAAAGGUUACGCCAAAAUCAUAUCCUGUUCCCCAACUGUACAUUCACCCACAUGCACAGUUACCGUUUUUAAUUAAUAACUUUCUUCGAUAAUCUGGAAAAUACGUACGCAUUUAGAAAAAACCCGUCAAGCAGUGUAAUGUCAUAGUAAUAAUGAAAAAGUUAAUAUCUGCCUGUGAUCAUCAGACGAAAUUGCUCGAGGCUUUGCGCUCCCGCGCUGAAUUAUUCGGACGUUAUGCAUGUGGUCGUGAAUAUGGGCUACGAGUAACGUCACAUAUUUCUUUCAGGGUAACUGACCCAACUAAGAAAAUAAGUUGUCUUACGGUUGAACAUGUCUCCAGACUAAACGUUACUGCAGACAUGGUCGUCUUUAGCGCUUGCCACACUGCCCGUGGAAAGCUGAUCAGCAUCGAAGGAGUCCUUGGAUUGGCAAGAGUAUUUCUGAUGGCUGGUGCAAAGUCUGGUUACAGCUCUGUGGGCCAUUCCUGA